AUGUCAGAGGCAGGGCUAGGCUUGGAAUCCCCGGAAGCCCUCUACUUUCCCAGCUUGGGUGAUCUGCAAGACGCGGCCAAGGGUCAGCAGCAUCAACAAGCAACGGUGGCCACAAAAGGCGAGGAGUCAGCAUUGUCUCCUGACCGCAUUCACAGCAGCCACGUUCUCAAGCAGCUGGAGAAGCUUGCAACUGAAUUGACCACCACUGGCUUGUAUGCGGACUCAUCUGCUGCACAACAGCAGACCUCGUCUACAGGGCCAUCAUCCUCCACUUCAGCGCGCUCACAUCCCCCACGCCAAUCAGUCCCUCACCCGAACUCUUCACCAUCUACCACCCUGUCCCCUCCCCCAACCACCGCAGACGACAUCAGCCGAGGACUGCUACACCAUGCCGUACCCAAGAUUGAUCGCAGGCCUUUGUUGGUAGAGUGGAGACCUGGAGUGCAGGGCGAUCGAUGUCGUCGACUUGCGCAAAGCGCUUUGCGCGCCAAGCCGGUCCAGGCUGCCAUCGAAGAGAUAUGUACGACGGCAAAAGGUGCGAGGGACGAGACUGCGCUCGCGGUCGCCAUUACCAAGCUCCUCAACCACUUCGGUAUUCAGCUACAGCUGCUGCUAGCUGCAUCGCUCUCGACGUGCGAGCGUCCUUCUGCCCCUUCGACAGCUGAGCAGCCUACAUUGGGGUCUGCACAUGCACCGACUCAGACGGAUGCGGCAAGAUUCGCCGACUCGCCCGUUCGCGCUGUUGAGCGAGGCAACUUGUCAGUGACAACCGCCGGUCCAGAAAGCAACAGGCCCGACAUUGUUCUUCAAGCCAAGCCUGGUAAGGUCAUGUGUGCGGAUCUUUGCGACGCACACAGCACUACAGGCGAUGGCGCAUCGGACGCGCAGGGGCAGGGCGGUCCACAUCCAUGGUUAUUCUACGUAGCCGCCGUAGAGGUCAAAUUCAAGAAGAGCGAUUUGCUUGCUACCCGCACGGUGGGCCAGAUUUUUCGAUAUGGGCGACAACUUCUCGUUGGCCACCCGUUCGCUGAGCGUGUGCACGUGCUAUGUUGGGCGGGACUGAGGGUGCAAGUCUGGCAAUUCAAUGCCAACGCAGUCUUCGUCUCUCCGAUCAUCGAAAUUUCGAGGAGCACAGCGCUUCAGCAGAGCGGCGAUGCAACAGCCCACGACUCCCUAGACGAGCUCGGCAAGCUCCUCUUCCUGCUCGUCUCUGGUCAAGAGACGGUGUUACCGCGGUGGACACCUCUCAUUCCUAUCGCGAAGCAAUCACUCGAGCAUAUCGGCUUGACUGUCAUUGAUCGCGAAAAGUUGAAGCUCAUCAACGUGCGUUACACUCUCAAUGGCUCCCGAACUGUGCUCUUCGGUACUCCGUUUCUCAACGUCAGACUCAAGGACGCGGGGACACAGGCAAAGAGAGUAGUACAGCAACUUGACGAGCGCGACCUCUGGGUGUUCUUCAAGUGCUGCUGGCUCCCCGAGCGGCUUGGGGACCACGAGCACUCGAUUUUAGAGCGCUUGAACGGUCGUGGCGGCGCACCAACGCCUUUAGGUUUGAUCUCUCUCCCUUGGAAGACCAGCUCCCGUCAGCGACUACCAAGUCAGUCGGGCGAGAAUGACACAGCGCCUUUGUCCGCAUACGUCGUCGUCUUCGCCCAGCACCGAGGACAUCACAUCCCGUACGAUGCCGAUGUGAGCACCAAAGCGAGCAUAUUUGCUCAACUGUCACGUCAGUUGCUGGCAUAUGCAAAGCUCAGGUUCCACUACCGAGACCUGAACACGGGAAACGUCCUCAUGAGACACGGUACCUGUGGUGAAGCACUGCUCGUCCUUGCCGAUCAUGGCAACGUUCGUCAAAGCAACCGUCCACGCCGCGGAAAAUUCCACACAAGGAAGGAAAGGAAAGGAUCGCAGGGACCCUUAGAGGAUGUCAAGGAAAGCCUGGCGCACAUCAUUGAGGACGACGCUCGCUCCAUCAACCCGAUGUUUGAACCAACGACCUCAGCACUAGCCACCAAGACAUUGGGUGAUUACAGGCUUACGCUACAAAGUAUCGAAUCCAUCCAAUCUGAGCUGGAAGGAGACCAUUUGACAACUGGGGAGAUUUUGCAAGAAACAGGCAUGCUGGAACAGCUGCAAGCCGACGGUCGCCGGCUCUAUCGAAAAAUGUACACUUUGGCUCACCGAUACUGCGAUGACCUCGAGUCGGCGCUAUACGUCUUUUUGUGGCUCGAAGUGCCCGCCCCUUUGCAGAAAUAUCUCGAAUUGCAGCUUCGCGAUCCGUCCGUCAAGGAUCGCAAUUGGAGCCAAACUGCAGCGUGGCUAACGCUUUGCAGAAAGCUUCUCGACAAGCACGACAAGUGCGUCUUGAUUGGACUACUGAAAAUGCGUAGCAUCAUAUUUGAGGCUCAGCAGGCGGCACGGGUAGCUCUUGAAAAGUAUUACGAUGAUCAAAUCGCAGAGGAUGUGGGCCACAACGACGAGGAUAUCGAAAGCUUGCUCAGAAAGAAGCCGGAAAUGGAUCUGACUGAGGAGGAGGAGAGGUGCAUGGGCAUCGAUGUGCCCACUUGUUAUUGUGAAAUGAUUGUGGCUGCCGAGCAGCCGAUCUGA